AUGACUUACCUUCAACAGUUGAUUGACAAGAACCGAGAGGAAUACAAUAGAGCAACCAGACACCCACUCACAAAUGAGUUGUGCCUGGGAUCACUUUCUGACAGUAAGUUGUAUGUCUACCUCACUCAAGAUUUACAAUUCUUCAAUUAUAGUCUCAACAUUCUUGGAAAGACCUUGGCCCUAUGUGAUGAUCCAAAAGCGUCAAUCAGAUUGGCUAAGCAAAUUGGUUUUCUAGCAGAGGAUGAAAAUACUUAUUUUGCUGAUACAUUGCAAGAUUUGGAAAAAUUGGACCUCUCAACUGUGACUAAAAUGAAGAAUGAAUCACUUGUCUUGCCAGAGGUCAAUCAAUACAUUGAUUACUUAAAGUACUUGAUCAACGAAUCGUCUUCCUAUUCCGAAUUGAUCACUUUUUGCUUUGUUAUGGAGAAAGUGUACUUAGAAUGGGUUCAAUACAAUCAAGAAACAAACAACAUUGCCAAAGAUUUGCCCAGCAAGUUUCAAACCUGGAUUGAUUUACACAGCGGUGACAACUUCGUGGAGUGGGUUCGAUUUUUGAACGAUGAAGUUGAACGUUGUCUUAGAUUAGAAGCCAAUGGGGACCAUAGAUCCACUUCACUAUACGAGUCUACAUUUAUCAAGUCUUUGAAAUUGGAAAGCAACUUCUUCGAAGCAUGCUAUUCGUACAUAGAGUGA